AGGAUGCUGCAGGCAAGGUGCUGGACCGUUGGACCAUCAUGUCCCGCGAAGAAGAGAUCAUCACCCUGCAGCAGUUCUUACGCUUUGGUGAGACCAAGUCUAUUGUGGAGCUCAUGGCUAUUCAGGAGAAGGAAGGUCAGGCAGUUACGGUUCCUUCAUCAAAGACAGACUCUGGGAUUAGAACAUUCAUAGAAAGUAAUAAUAGGACCCGCAGCCCAGGGCUGUUAACACAUCUGGAAAACAGUAGCCCAUCCAGCAUUCACCAUUUUGAAAACAUCCCCAACAGCUUAGCCUUCCUUCUACCAUUCCAGUACAUCAACCCAGCCUCUGCCCCCAUGCUUGGCUUGCCCCCAAACGGCCUCCCGUUGGAGCAGUCCGCCCUACGGCUUCGGGAGCCCAGCCUGCCAAAUCAAGGAGAACAUGUGGAGACUAGUGAAUCAGAAGUGUCUCUUUCACCUUUCCGCACAGGACAGAGUCCUAGUCGUGGAGUACUGGGAGGCCUUAACAGCACUGAGCCCAAGACAGAACCCAACAGCUGCGCAUCACCCAUCUCACCAACCCCAUCCACCCAGCAAGCUCAGCAGCAGCAACAACAGACACAACUUCAGCAAACGCAGCAAAGUCAACAGCAGAUCCAAAAUCAUUCUCAGCAGCCCAACAGCUUGAGCGAACACCAGGUCCACCACCACUUUGUCAAAGAUGAGCCAUCUAAAACAAUAACCCAUCCUUCAUUCUCUUCCAAGAUGCACAGGAUGCGCCGCAUGGGAGCCACCUCACGUAAGGGCCGUGUGUGCUGCAAUGCUUGUGGAAAAACCUUUUAUGACAAAGGCACACUGAAGAUACACUAUAAUGCUGUCCACUUGAAAAUCAAGCACCGCUGUACCAUUGAGGGAUGCAACAUGGUGUUCAGCUCACUGCGCAGCCGUAACCGCCACAGUGCCAAUCCAAAUCCACGGCUGCACAUGCCUAUGCUGCGCAACAACCGAGACAAAGACCUCAUCCGUGCAAAUUCCUCCAGUGGUACAUCUGUCAUCUCAAACAGCAAGAAUAGUGGUUUUACACUUACUAGCCCUGGACGGCCACCACUUGGAUUCACAACUCCACCAGUGGACCCCUUGCUUCAGUCACCUUUGCAGAGUCCGUUAGUGUUCCCCACAUUGAAGUCAGUGCAGCCUGUGCAGCCAGUGCCUCCAUUCUACCGAACUCUAGUUUCCCCUGCAGACCUCGUCAGUCCUCCAGUGUCAUUGCCAACCAGCCCCAUCAUGCCCUCCACUACCAACAGUACCGCCCUGAUGGACCAACAACAGCAGAUCCUGGCUGCUGUUGCUUCACAUAACAAUGUCCACUUGUCAGAGGCCCACCGCUUAUCCAGUGCUGGUGCCCAUCAGGACCUCACCACAAGCAGUACUGACCCCACACCUAAAAAGAAACCCCGUAAGUCUAGCAUGCCUGUUAAGAUUGAGAAGGAAGUGAUUGAUGUGGCCGAUGAAUAUGAGGACAAAGAUGAAGACGAUGAUGAUAACAUCCACCAUAAUAACCAUCAUCACCAGUCAACCCUUCUCCAUAACAACAUCAAAAUGAACGGUAACUGUAACGGCAACAACAGCGGAAGUGGCACUGGACACCACAGUGGUGGAAGUGGGCAGCAGUCCCCCUCCCAGGACGAGAUGAGUCCUGGUUUGGCUCUCAGAGGAAUGAUGAGACAAAGUGAAGAUGAGUGUAGGGAAGGGACUGGUAGUGAUAGCAGAGGUGGAGCUUCAGAGCUGCGAUGUAUGGACAGCUUUACCUCUGAGGAUCAGGACCACGAAAGAGACUUUGAAAAUGAGUCUGAAACAUCUGAUUCGAAGAUGUUCUACCGAGAUGAACUGAUGGAUGCGGAGGAACAACAGAAGCACAGCAGGGGUGGAAGGGGUCUGGACAAGGAGCACGAAAGUGAGGCUCAUGAAGAAGCACAUUUGAGAAAAGAACUAGAAGGGAAUGGUCAUUCGUCACCCUCCCCUCAUCACCCUCCAAUCAAGAUUAAGGAGGAGCUGAAUGAUCCAACGUAUGACAUGUUUUGCAUGAGCCAGUAUGGUCUCUAUAACGGAGGCAUGGCUGCGGCUGCCGCUGCCGCCGCGAGCAUGGCUGCUCUGCACGAGAGCUUCAUUUCUUCAAUCGGCUACGGCGCCAGCCCGCCCAAAUUCCCUUCGUCUCAUUCACCAGAAGGAGAUCCGUGUUCAAGUCCUGACCCCAAGAUCUGCUACGUUUGCAAGAAGAGCUUCAAGAGUUCGUAUAGCAUGAAACUGCACUACAAGAACGUGCACCUCAAAGAGAUGCACGUGUGCACCGUAGCUGGAUGCAACGCUGCUUUCCCGUCCCGGCGCAGUCGAGAUAGGCACAGCUCCAACAUCAACCUGCACCGAAAACUGCUGACCAAAGAGCUGGACGACAUAGUCCUUGACCCUCAACUCACGCCACUGCCUAAGGACCUGCGAGCUGAGCUGCUGGCCAAGAUCUAUGCAGGGCACCACUUCGGUUUGGACCCUAUGGCCAGGAUGGGCAUUGAAGGUGUUGGUCUCAGGCCCCCGGGCCUGAACUUCAAUGCCCAUUUCCCUCUGAGCAACAACUACCCCCAUCAUCCUUUAAACCAGGAUUUUAAGAACUAUCACUCCAAUGGCCUCUUCCGGGGCCAGCCAGACAACUAUGUGGUGCUGGACCUGAGCACCACGUCCAGUGUUCAGUCCAGCAGCAGCAUCCACUCCUCACACGAGUCAGAAGAAGGCAGCGAUGAAGGCAUCUUAUUGGAUGAUCUGAUGGAAGAGGGGGACGAGACUGAGGACGAGGGGAACAGUGAGGGAGAGGACAUCUCCCACCACGUUGAGAGGCGGGCUGAUGGAGGACAUCAAGACGAAACUGGAGAACUAAGAGAAGACGAGAGACUGGACUCAUCGUCGCCGCCGUUCCUGUUUUCACCUGCAGGGGGCGGUAAUGGCAGCAGCAGUGGGAUCCUCUGCAACAUCUGCCACAAAACGUACAGCAACAAAGGAACCCUGCGGGUGCAUUACAAGACAGUUCACCUGCGCGAGAUGCACAAGUGCAAAGUUCCUGGUUGCAACAUGGUGUUCAGCUCCGUGCGCAGCCGCAACCGACACUCUCAGAACCCAAACCUUCACAAAAACACGCCCUUCUCAACAAUACUGGACUGAAGAAGAACUCGCUGCUCCGCCUCCUGUUGGUCUGCCUACUCCCUUGUUCAGUUCACGUCAUUGUUCCUCCUCAAAAGAAACGUUGAGCCGCCAACCAGGACCAUCAGAUACGAGCUGAACGCCUGUAUGCCUCUUGCCCGACCUUUCUGAAGUCAUCACAAGACAUUUUUAUCACCAUGUAUAAAACUGAGUGUAAAUACAGUUUAUCAUCGUGUCUUUUGAGGAUGCUCGUCGGUAUGGAAUCAGCUUUAUAACAAAGCCCCAGGCAUUUUUCUCACAGGCUUCCCCGUCUUUUCAUUUUCUGCCUUAUGCCCACCUUGUGUUUACAUCCAAAGAAUCCAUUCAAACUCUUAUUUGUGACUUUGCCUGCGGAACAGUAGUACUAAAAAAAAAACGUCUUGUAUUUGUGUAAUGAUAACUUUUAAAUGGACCCCCUUACAAAAGCAUGACAACUCCAUGUGUAAAUAAUGUCCCGAGAGGCAUUUGGUGUAAGAAAUGUGUAGAUGGUUGUUUGCUUCCUUCUUUUCCUCUUUAUGGUUUUACGUUACAGAACGAUACGUCCAGUUUAAAGCGGGAAGAGGCAGCAUCUUAACACCAUGACUCAUUAUUUGAGCUUCACAGACGAGUUUCAACCGGAGUCCCAAGGAUUAAAACAACCCUGUGAAUUGCUUUUAUUGCUUGUUAGAUAUUAAUAGGUUGCCGGCAUGCUUUUUAAGCUCUUACACUGAUAUCAUUUUCUGUGUUGCUACAGAUUUUUUCUUGGCUGUUAUCUUUAUGAUUUUAGUACACCAGAUUAGUUUUUGCACUUUGCAAGUAUACAGGGGGAUGUGUAAUAUUAUUUAGAUUUUUUUUCUUUGCAAUGACAAAU